AUGCCUGGACGGCGACUCCAUGCUUCCUCUAUCUCCCUUGCUGUGCUCUCCAAUCCAGCUCUUCUGCUUUGUAGGCGCUCACACACCGAUAGGACUCAGGAUGGAGUACCGAAGGCUUGGUCACUCCAAAGCAGUGUUUGCGACCUUGUUCCUGUCACCGACAACUCAGUGGCAGACUCGUCAGCAAGUGCUGUGGCCGAGCUGACCUACAGGAUUCAGACACGUUCCCAGGCCCGCCGCAGGGAAGCACAGGGGAGCUCUCAGGCUGGUUCUAUAACCCAGCAAUCUACAACCCCCCGCCCCCCUAGCUAUGGCGGCUCUUUUGUCAAUCUCGAGUUCCGCAUUGUAGUUCGACCCGCCCGUGCCACUAUGUUCGAAUUUGAUCCUCGCGACCUCCACGGGUCGACCCAGCAGUUCAACCGUGUCACCCGUGCGUGUGCAUUUAUAUCUUCGAAGUACAUUCAUGAUGCAUUUUUGGAGGCCCAGAAAGGGCCAGGUGUCGAGAGAGGGCUUUCAGGGACAGGAGCUGACACAGAAUGA